AAGUUCAAAAAUUGGAAUGAAAUUUGCAAAAUAAGAAGAAGAAAGAGUAGCGGUGAGCAGAGGGAGUUGAAUCAAAGGGAUGGAAGGUGAGGAAUUCGCAGUGGGUUGCUUGCUUUCAAUCAAGACGACUUUGGGCGACGAAUUCGAAGGUCAAAUCAUAAGUUACGACCGCCUCUCCAACAUCCUCCUCCUUCAAGAGGGUUUGGAAUCAGGACCCAGAAGGAACAUUCGAUUGCUCAAGGCUAAUUACAUCAAAGAGUUCUCUUUGUUGCGUCAAGACGAAGAUCCACUUGAUGUCAAGAAAUGCUUUUUGGACCUCACUAGCCUUCAAGCAAGGGAAGAUUCUGCUGUUAGACAAGCCGAGGCCGAUUCUGAGAGGUUUGGUGUUGGAGUUACCAGUGAGGCACAGAACCUUUUUGAUGCCUUGUCUAAAACGCUUCCUGUUCGCUGGGACAAGACCUCCAUUGUUGUAAUGAAUGAGGUGCGUGUAAGCAGUCCAUAUCUCCCUGAGUGUGUUAGUGGAGGAACUCCUGCAGCCAAUGAACGUGUGAAAAAAGUGCUGGAGCUUGAAAGGAAGAGAAUGCAAACUCGUGGUACUAGCCAGUGAAGAACUCUCAUUUGUGCUGUUCGAAGGUCAGAGAAAGCAAAAUGUGUUAUGCUUGGUAUUAUCGUGGUAGUUCUUUGGCCUCAGAUUUUCUUAUUUUAUUGAAAGAACGUAAACAAAUGCCUGAUUACUGAAUUGUUAGUCCUAAUAGAAUGCAACAUCUACCUUUUUUGGAUGAUCUGGUUGGUAAUGAAGCCAGUACAAGUAGGGGGAAGUUGGGUUAUCGUUUUGGUUUAUUCAAAAUUUUUCUUUAUAACUCAUUCCCAGCUGCUCUAGGUAUAUGCAUUUCAGGCUUAUCAUAACAUUUCUCUUUUCUGAAAGGUAAUAGGAGGAAUUUGAUCGGUAGUGUGUGUUGCAUGUAACCGAAGUUUUUA